AUGAUGGCAUACGACGGCUUUCGUCAACUGCACCCUGAGCUUGAGGACUUGGGCGGUCCACACCAGCCUGCUUUCCACGACGCAGAGGGGGUUGCGGUGUACGAGGCUCCUUACCAAGAGCUUUUGGCUGAAAUUGUACGAAAUAACGACGUCCCGUCUCUCCAUCUUUACAAUGCUAGUCCCCAUACGAAGGUUUUCUUGGGAGCAUACGAGGCUUAUUAUUACCAUCCGUUCCUCCAAGCGGCCGAAUGCGGCAGCUUUGAUGCACUUAAGGCACUGUUGGAGAUUUAUCUUGCGGAUCCCACACUUCCGGAGCCGCUUGAAACAUACCUCGAGCGCAUUCCCUGUUCUCCCAUCAAUGAUGCUUGCUAUGCAGCGAACCGAGACCUGAUGCUCUGGUUACUACAACAUGAUCCCCCGUUGGCGAAGUUGCAUAAUCGGGACAAGUGGGGGGAGACACCACUCUUCAGCGCGGCCAGAGCGCUGAGUGUAGAUGGUGUCCACGGUGUGAUCUCCACCAGGAAUCAAAAGCGGGACCAGUUUGCACGUGCAGAAGACUUCAUUUGUUUCCUCCUGGACCAGGGGUGUUCGGUUCCAAACUCGAAUACGUAUGUGCAAUGCUAUGGGGCAAAGAAACCAUCCCAUCUCGAUCAACCAUUGGCGGAGGUAAGGGAAACAGUGCUGGGUGCGGCCAUACCCCACGCGAGCUACCAGAUGGUAUCCCGUCUGAUAGCGGAAGGCGCUGACGUUCAUGCUCGGCAAUAUUGGCUAGAUCAGUGCAGCGGAAUCGACUGUUGCGAAGGAGUGACGGCCUUGCAUAUGGCAAGUUUUUGCUGGAAUAUUGAGGGAAUGCAAGCGCUGGUGGAUCAUCGCGGCGAGGUGACCCUGGCAGAGAUAGUGUCCAUCUCUGACAGUGUUGGGCGACUUCCACUCCACUGGGCGUUGAAGGGCGAUCGGCAUGGCCGGAUGGAAAGGGAUGGCAAGAAUGAUCAAGAAGAGAUCACAGCCCUGAUGACGCGCACAGUGAAAAUGCUGAUUGAGGCCAAUCCAAAUACGGUCAACGCGCGAGACCACCAGGGCGCAACCGCAUUUCACUACGCGGUGAUCUCCGAUGCCGGUUUAGAGAGUAUUCUUCCUGUGGUCAAGUUGCUUCUGGGUGCGAAACCGCUGCUUACUACAAUGAAUGCCCGCAACCAUAGAGGCAUGACAGCUUUGGAGGUUGCAAUGGCUUAUCGUGCGAGACGAGGCAGGAAUCCUGAUGGCCUGGUUAUGGAGUUAGUUGACAUCUUCCUCCGAAAUGGAGCUGAUGGCCGCGCAUGCAAUAGCAAAGGACAGAAUUUGCUACAUACAAUGGCGAUGACUUUCCGCAACACGGGGUGCUCGGAAAUUGCUAUCCUGAACAGGCUCCUAGAAUUCGUUGAUGUCAAUGAUGCCGAUACCGACGGUCGUACACCGCUUCAUUGUUUAGUCCGGCAUCUGAAUCGGAUCAACGCCAUUCGCCAUCUGAUUAGUCAUGGUGCGCAAGUGAACGUGGCCGACAAGAAGGGGAACACACCUCUUCAUGAUGUAAUGUACGGCAAUGUGAUCCAGGGACUGGCGGGAAUUGCAGAGUCUGAGACCAUGACAAGUGAUCGUUUGGUGAAGGCGCGAGAGGAGAUGAUUCAGGCCUUGGUCGAGGCUGGGGCCUCGAUGGACAGUUUGAAUGCAUCUGGACAGACACCAACACAACUGCUCGACGAGGUCACAGAGAUGAUAAAUCGAAAUGGGGUAGAAGCAUUCCGGCGUGUGGCCUGGCGUCGGUACCCGUGGCCCGGGCCGGUCUAA